AUGUCGAGAGCUCUGAAUAAGCACAUCAUUGCUGCCCUUAAACAAGGCGACCACGAGCAAAUCUUCAACGACGUCUCUGGGCUUUUUGCGCAGCCGCAAGAUGAUGGUCUCCUGGAGAUUGAGAUUCUAGGCCAGGGCCAUCCAAUGGGCCCGGACGAGAACUUCCUACGAGACGAGAAUGCAGUUGCAAUUCCCAAGCUGCGUAUCGUCCAGGCCUUUCUCUUCGCCAGACAGAUUCUCCAGAAGCACAAAAUCCAUGAUCUUUCUAUGGUGGGACGUGAGCAGCUGAUGGCUGCAACAAGCGUCCUGCUUCUAAUGGACCCUGAGCACCUCACAGCCGCCAACACCAGGAAGCGUCUUCUUUCUGAUGCGAUCUCCGCGGGUAACACCCCGACUACACCGACACACAAAGUCGCCAACGUUAUGGAACCAUCGACGCUGGCUGUCGGAGCGGUACCGUGA